CGCGUCUCAUUAAGGAGAUCUCUGGCUGUGUGAUUACUGCUGUGGAAGAUCAGGACGGAUCCUCAGUGAAACUAGAGAGUCUCUUAUCAGCUCUGAAUGGAGCACUGCAUACACUUUUAAUCACUUGUGUGAUUUGGUGUGUUUUCUCACCGACAGGAACUCAGAAACUCUGGCCUUAAAGAAGAUACUGAUGUUCUCACUAGUAGAUGAAACUGUAUUUUGUGUGUUGUUCAGCAGAUCACUCUCAUUCCUGGCUAUAAGUAAACGUUUUUCUCACAACUUCUGGAAAGAAACAGCGCAGACACUGAACAAGAUUGAACAUUUAUAGUGUGCAUGUGUCAAAAGGCAGAUCGUUCAGAUGUACUCAUGCACUAAGCGCUCGGCUCAUAAUGGAAGUAUACUGUGUUUUGUAUCAGAUCUAAAGCAGUGCUCUCUGUUCUGUCUGUGAUCUCAGGUGUGGAGCCUCCUGCUGCUUUGGGCGCAGGUGCGAGGGGCGUGAGCUGUGGUUCAUUGUGUUGAUGGCUGGAGUCCUGCUAUUGCUGCUGGCUCUCAUUCUGGUUAUAGUGUUACAGAAGGCUCUCAAUACAACGCCCUUUACCCGAGAACGGCCGCCCCUCGUAUCAGUGCCUCUCCAGCGCCGCAGCCCACUGUCCGUCUGCUCACCCAGCAACUCCUACCUGUUCGACACGGUUCCAGAAACGGUGGGAUCUCCUAACAGCGUCACACUGAAGGCCUUCAUGGUGCACGCGGAGGAGGUGAUUGAGAGUAAAGUGAUGGAGGAGCAUCGUUCUGCUGAGGGUGAGGGGGGUUUGGUGACCGUCUCAGGUUUGGACACACAAAACCCUUUACAGCGCAGCGUCAGCCAACUCAUCGACCAGAAAGAUGAGGAAGCAUGGGAGCCGCACUUCAGACGCCUCGACAGCGGCCUGGUGAGAACAUCAUGUACUUCUGCUGGACAAAUGCUUUUUUCCCUGAAAUAUGAUUUUGAUAACCUGUCAUAUGUUUGUCAGUUUGAAGGGGAGGAGUUUGUGGACACCAUCAAAGGUUUCAGCACAGUCAGGAAGGAACACACCAUGUUCACCGACACCAACUUUUGACCACAUCAGCACUUUCUCCAAACAUCCUCUCAGAACUGAGCUGUUUUGGUGAAUUCAGAACCGCUCAGGGACUCCCAGGAGGAAACCGGACUAUACAGCACACAAAAAAUAAAAGUUCAUUGACUUGAAAUGAAUAAUUCUGUAAGAUGGCAAAC